CCACCGGCGGGCGGCGAGGGCCUCUGUGGGACUCAUUUCGGCGAGAAAGCAGAAUCAUUCCGGCAGUGGAGAUGGAGGAGGAUACAAAAAUCAGGAGGGAGACAGAGAGCCGAUUGCUUGAGAAGGUCGGUGAAGUGAUAACUGCCAUACAAGCUGCAAAGCAUGUCGACCAAGUGAUACGUGCUCUUCACUCUUUAGCCGUCCUCCUCUUCCCUCUCGAUUCCUCUCUUCUUUCAGGGAGUAUCGAUCAGCCCUACAGAGAUCAGGUUCUUAGUGUUAAGGCUCCAUCUGAAAAGGAAAGAAGUGAUUCUUUUCAGGCGUUCUACCAAGGAGCUGCAUUUCCCGCAUUGGCUCGGGUUUUGUUGUUUGAUGUUGCUUCUAAUUGGCUUGCUUGUUUCCCCUUCUCGGCACAGAAACAUGUUUAUGAUGUUUUCUUUGUUAAUGGAGUUGUCAAUGAAGUUAUUCAGGUUUUGGUCCCUGGUCUACAGCAGAACAGGAUUAGUGGACUCAAUAUUGAUGCUGUUCAGGCAAAUAUUGAAAGAUUACUUGUGCUUUGCUUGCUUGAAAAUAAUGGUGUGUGCCAGAUGGCUAGAAAAUUUGGGUAUCUAUGCAAGCCCAGAUGUGUCUCAGAUAAGAAACUCAGGGAAGAUGUGUCUAGGGUGGCACAGAUUGUUACAUCUGUUCCUGACAAAGCACGACUGACAGCCACGCCUUCACUUUCAUCGCAUUCAUUCUUCAAGCAGAUAAUCCUCCAACUUCUUAGUGGAGUAGAGGCAGUAACCAUGUCCACUAAAAAUGAGAUGGAUGGCACCUUUUUAUUUAUUGGGGAGACAUUUUCUCGCAUUUGCAGGCGUGGUUCUUCGGAUGUUCUGUUAAGAGAAGUGACCCCUCAGAUUCUUAGACAUGUUCAGAGCUGCUUAUUGUCAAGCAAUGGUAGAGUUAGCACUGAUUUAAUUGAGUCAAAUCCUGGAUCCCAGUUUUGGUUGAAGCUGAUGGAAGUAAUUGUAGACUCCUAUGCCAUGGAAAGGAUAUCUGAACAGCUUUUGAAUCAACUGGUAGCUGUAGAUGCAAGUGAUGUUGAAGCUUACUGGACUCUUUGGUUAUUGUUUAAUCGGUUACUGAAACAUCAGACAUCUAUCAGGUCCAUAUUUCUUGACAAAUUUUUACUAUGGAAAGUAUUUCCUGUUUCUUGCCUUCGGUGGAUCCUACAAUUUGCUGUUCUGGAAUGUCCACCCACUACCAAUGUGCAAACAGAAAGCCAUGUAACUGACAGUCUUUUGGACACAGUCCAACGUCUGGCUGCUGUAUGGUCAAAAAGGGAGUUUGUGCAAUCAGUUUCAGUUGAGCAGCAAGCUUAUGUGACUGCAGGGAUAGGCCUUUGCCUUGAGAAGAUGUGCAAAGAGGAAUUGGAUAAGACUAAGGAUGUGAUGCACUCAAUUCUUCAAGGAGUUAGCUUUAGACUGGAGAGCCCUGCAUAUCUAGUCAGGAAAAUGGCAAGCAGUAUCGCCUUAGCAUUUUCUAAAGUAAUAGACCCAAAAAAUCCUCUAUUUCUUGACGAAGAUAGUUGCAAUGAAGAGAAUAUUGACUGGGAGUUUGGAUUAACUGCCCCCAAGAAAGGGACUCUCUCUAUCUCAAAUCGUAUGGAGAAACACACUGAUGAAUUAAAAACCUCAAUCACCUCAGAGCUAGCUAAAAACUCAAAGUACGAAACCAAUAAUAUGGUCAACGAUAAUGAGAAGUGCAAAAGCAAGAAAUUAUCUGUAUUUGAGUUGGUUGAUCCAGAUGAGAUUAUAGAUCCAGCCAUGCUCACUUGUGAAUCAGUCUCUGAUGACAAUGGUGAGGAUAACACUAGUGAGAAUUCUGAUUCAUCGAGUGACUCAUCACUUCAGCCAUACGACUUGACAGAUGAUGACAUGGAUUUAAGGAGAAACUUUUCACAGUUGGUUGAUGUAAUUGGAGCCAUGAGGAAAUCUGAUGAUGCUGAUGGGGUAGAGAAGGCUCUUGAUGUUGCUGAAAGCCUCAUACGAGCAUCCCCAGAUGAACUUACCCAUGUCACAAGUGAUCUUGUUCGAACACUUGUCCAGAUUCGUUGCUCUGAUUUGGCUGCAGAAGGUGAGGAAGAAUCAGCUGAAGAGAAGCGGCAAGGAGCUCUGGUUGCAUUAAUUGUUACAUGUCCUUUUCAAUCUCUUGAUACUUUAAACAAACUAUUAUAUUCAGCUAAUGUCGAUGUCAGUCAACGCAUAAUGAUACUUGAUGUUAUGACAGAGGCAGCUCAGGAGCUUGCUCAUACUAAAACUAUGAAACCUAAACAUCAAACAGGGGUCCUCAUAUCAACCAUUUCAGAGCCUCAACCCUGGUUCUUGCCUAGCAAUGCAGGGCCUCCUGGGGCUGGUUCCUGGAAAGAGAUCUCAGGGUCAGGAACUCCAUUGAAAUGGUCAAAAUCUUAUGAGAGAGAACUUCCUCUGAAACCUAGUCAGAUCAAAAUAGGAAAAACACGACGAUGGAGCCUUAGAUCACAAAAUACACAAAGCCAUAUAAAUUGGUCGCAGAACAAGUUUCCUGUAUAUGCAGCUGCAUUUAUGCUUCCUGCCAUGCAGGGAUUUGAUAAGAAAAGGCAUGGUGUUGAUUUGCUUGAUAGAGACUUUAUUGUCCUUGGGAAAUUAAUCUAUAUGCUUGGAGUCUGCAUGAAAUGUGCGUCCAUGCAUCCAGAAGCAUCUACAUUGGCUCCUCCUUUGCUAGAUAUGUUGAGAGUCAGGGAAAUAUGUCAUCAUAAAGAAGCCUAUGUUAGAAGGGCAGUCCUUUUUGCUGCUUCAUGUGUGUUGCUGGCACUUCAUCCCUCAUAUGUGGCAUCUGCCCUGAUUGAAGGAAAUGUUGAAAUUUCCAAAGGGCUUGAAUGGAUUCGUUUGUGGUCGCUUGAAGUGGCUGACUCUGAAACCGAUAGAGAGUGCUAUACGAUGGCUAUGUCAUGUCUCCAACUACAUGCUGAGAUGGCCCUCCAAGCGUCCCGGGCACUAGAGUCUGCAGAAAGUACAUCGAGUGCCAAGAGUGUAGGCCUUAAAUCCUCUCUCUCCAGGGCAACAAUUAAAAUUCCCUACUCAAAUGUGCAAUACUAGAUUUUUGGGCCUGCUCCUUGUUUGCCUUUGAUAUGCCCUCUUUUUGUACAGUUCAUUAGUUUGAACUUGGUUUCACAGUAUAUCAUUUUCGAAUUUUGCUGGGAUCCUGAAACUAAUGCACAGAGAUCUUUAGGUAAAGGAAAAACUCACAGCUAUACCGGAAGCAUUUGCACUAAAGCACAAGUUCAAUA